CAGGUCAGACUUUAUCCACUCCCAUUUUAUAAUUCUAACGUUUGGGUUCCAGUCCAUCAGAGUCAGAGAGAAAGGUCAAAGGUCUCCCCGAACGGACGUCUCCACCACAACUACAGCAAAUACUGCUGAUACUACAAACACUGCAGAUACUACAAACACUGCAAAUAUUACAAACAGUGCAGAUACUAUAAACAGUGCAGAUACUACAAACACUGCAGAUACUACAAACACUGCAAAUACUACAAACACUGCAGAUACUACAAACACUGCAGAUACUACAAACACUGCAGAUACUUUAAACACUGCAGAUGCUACAAACACUGCAGAUAUUUUAAACACUGCAGCUACUAUAAACACUGCAGAUACUACAAACACUGCAGAUACUACAAACACUGCAGAUACUACAAACACUGCAGAUACUACAAACACUGCAGCUACUAUAAACACUGCAGAUACUACAAACACUGCAGAUACUACAAACACUGCAGAUACUUUAAACACUGCAGAUACUACAAACACUGCAAAUACUACAAACACUGCAGAUACUACAAACACUGCAGAUACUUUAAACACUGCAGAUACUACAAACACUGCAGCUACUAUAAACACUGCAGAUACUACAAACACUGCAGAUACUUUAAACACUGCAGAUACUACAAACAGUGCAGAUACUUUAAACACUGCAGAUACUACAAACAGUGCAGAUACUUUAAACACUGCAGAUACUACAAACAGUGCAGAUACUUUAAACACUGCAGACACUACAAACAGUGCAGAUACUUUAAACACUGCAGAUACUACAAACAGUGCAGAUACUUUAAACACUGCAGAUACUACAAACAGUGCAGAUACUUUAAACACUGCAGAUACUGGUACUACUAAAGCUGAUGUCAGUUGUUCAGCCAGCAGCAGGACUCCUGUCAGCUCGUCUGAUGAUCACAGAGCUCCUCCAACCAGUCUGGCCUUUUCAGGGUCUCGACCAAAGAAGAAGAAAGUUCUGGUGGCUCCAGCUCUCAGUCUGUCUUUAGGUCGCAGUGAGUCUACAGUCUCUGACGACUUCUCCUCGCUGUUCCUCUCGCCUUCACCUGAGGGAGACGAUGACAAGGGGCUUGACUUUGAUCUUGACGCCAUGGAAACGCCUUCUGACAGUGAAUCACUGCACUUUCCCACCUACGACCUCAAUCUGGAAGAUGACCUGCAGCGUCUUGGCGUGGCAUCCCGGCGUCACAUAUCCUCUGGCUCCGGGUCCAGGUCUGAUUCUCAGACUGGUACUGGCGCGGGGAUGGACCAGAGCGACCUGGGAGCUCUGGAGCGGGAGGACAUGGUGGACAGUCUGGGCACCAGGUGGCGCUGUUUCUCCACAGGUGACCCACCGCAGGAGAGCCGGGUCAACAUGAGUGUCCUGGAGCCGUUUCUCAGGGUGCUUUCACACGGAGGUUACUAUGGAGACGGUAUGAAUGACAUCAUUGUUUUUUCGUCCUGUUACCUGCCGCAGAAUAGUCUGGAAAAUUACCAGUACGUUAUGGAUCACCUGUUCAGGUACGUUGUAGGGACUCUGGAACUGAUGGUUGCAGAAAACUAUGUGAUCGUGUAUCUGUGUGUGGGAGGUCAGAAAGACAAACUACCAGGAAUCAGCUGGCUCAAAGAGUGCUACACUACCAUCGACAGGAG